UUUCAGGACGAGUGACAUUUGACAUUUGACGUUAAAAUAUAAAAAUAAAUAAAAUAAUAUUGAUAUUGAUAAAUAAAAAAUUAAAAUUCGACAAUGAGUACUUAUGAAAUAAGCAAAUCAUCCCUCUUGAGCUUGAAAGCUGAAAUUCUCAGGAAGCAAGAGGAGUUGAAAAAUAAGAUAUACAAAAAAGAGAAAAAAAAGACACCACUUACUAAAAAUAAAGGUAUCGAACAAAGAAGUGAAAAGGAUUCUGUUGAGGAUUUGGAAGAAUUGGAAAAAUCCAGAAAGGCUCUGGAACAAAAAGCCAAGCUCUACGAUAAGUUAUCAAAAUCGAAGAUAAUCGACGAUGAUCCAGCCAGUUUCCAAAAUAGAUUUCUUGUACGUUUCAAAGAUAAGCAAGAAAAUGAGGAGCAGGCAAAGGAAGACAGUGAAGACGAAGAGUUACCUGAGAAAUAUGAUGAUCCAGAAAAUUCUGAUGAUGAAUGGGUGGAAUAUGUUGAUUGCCUAGGGAGGACCAGAACAUGUUUGAAGAAAGAUUUGAAAUACUUCAAAUCACGAGAUAAAGAUUAUAAAAGAGAUGAAUCUCCAGAACCAGAAAGUCGAAAAGAAGAUGAUAAGACAGAGGAACCAAUUAGUGAACUUACAGAGGAGCAACAACUUCUUUCCGAUGAUAUGAGACGAGAAAUGCUUAGAAAACAAUGGGAGAAGGAAGAAAUGGAACUAAGGGACAAAUCCAAUAUACAUUACCAAGAUAUAUUAUUCAAUGAGGCUAGAAGUCAUGGUGUUGGUUAUUACAGUUUUUCUAAGAAUGAGGAGGAAAGAUGGAGGCAGCAGAUUUCUUUGGAAAAAUUGAGGGAAGAAACAAAGCAACAACAGAAAAAAUCGCAAGAUCUAAAAGCUAUUAGAGAAAAACAAUUGGCAGCCCGUAUCAAGGCUGCAAAAUUGAGAAAAAGAGCCAGAUUAGGAUUGCCAAUUGAAGAAGAUGAAGAUGAAGAAGCUGAAAUUGGCCCACCAGUUCCUGAUCCUGUAGAGGAGCCAACAAUUAAUGAAGAGGAUGCUUUGAAAGAGAAACUCUUAGAAGAAGCCAGAAGAACUCACGUUAGACCCUGGGAUAUUGGAAAAGAAAAACCUAAAGAGUUCUACGAGUACUCUCAGGAUGAAUGGGUAGAGAAGAAACGAAAGGAAAGGUUGAACGAGUUCGCACCCCCCACAGCAUACAAAAGAGACUUUAGGGCGGCACCUAAAGAAAUCGAAGCCUCCGAAACACAAGCAAGCCUCAAAUUCACCUCCAUAAAAAACAAAGCUACAGGAUAUCUCAACCCUUAUAAAAAUACUAACGAUGAACUUAAGGAUCCUUAUAAUGAAGAAACGAAAACUUUUUCACCAUACAAGCUGCCCGAAAAUGCUUCCAAGAAGAGGAAAUAUAACGUGGAGGAAUCGUGUGGGAAACCUGAGCAAAGCUUGGAAAAAGGUCCAGAAGAGGAAAGACAAAGUGUGCAGGAGGAGAAAAAUUCACGAUUUGGGAAUAUUGAAGCUUCGAUUGAGGCUGGUUUGGAAUUUUUGUGGAAACAGACGACGAAGAACAAGAAUAUUAGGGAUAAGGGAAAUGAAGAUAUGUUUGGUUCGUAACGGUGGAGAUUCUCUCCAGUUAUGCAGUUUUUUACACAAAAAAAUUGAAGAUGGUGAGAUGAUUGAAUGGAUACUUGUCUAAGGAACAAGAAGAGAAUGAAAAAAAAAAAAGAUAUGUUUCUGUGGAAUUAAAAAGGAGUUAUCGAUUUUUAUUUAUACCUACCUACUUUAGGGCUAAAUGAAUAAAAUGAUUUGUUUAAAA